AUGUACUACAGACUGAACGCAGUGACGCAGCGGCUCACCGGAGCUCCCGCCAGCGCUUACAACCCGCAGGUGAGUCCCGAACAGCGCGUGGCCUUGUUAGCACCGUUUGAUGACAGUAUGUUCAGAUUCAGUGUUUCUCUCACUGUAGAUGACAGUAUGUCUGGAGCAAGUGUCUCAGAUGUCAACGAUCGUCUUUCUGCUCUGGAGCUUCGUGUUCAGCAGCAGGAAGAUGAGUUGACGGUGAUGAAAGCAGCUCUUGCUGACGUCCUUCGCCGCCUCGCUGCCUCUGAAGUCUCUGCUGCCUCCUCAACCAAGAAACAACAUGGAGGGAAAGGCGGUGCUGCACUACGUGAAGCAUACUCGAUGUCCUGUAUCGCUAACGGAGGAACAUCUGGACGAAAGAGAGACUCCACGUCCGUCACCAGGAAAGAGACGGUGUCAUCCGCCGCCAAGAGUGGAGCAGACAGGAAGAAGGAGACCAGCAACCAGCGGUCUCUGAUGGAAGAGAUCCAGGAGCGUGAGGAGUCUCCUCGCCCAAAGGACCCGUCCCCCUCUCCCUCCUCCCCCCACCCUCCCCCCCUCCAACCCAGCAACUCAGACCCACUACACGGCCCUCAGAGACGUCCCAGUCCACUGACAGCAGUCAAAGGCCACACCGCCUCCCAAAAGGUUCCCACCUUUAUAAAUGUUGACAGGGACAGGACUGGUGGUUUCUCACGACUAGGGUCUGGAGUGAUCCUCUUGGAAGAUCCUGUUCACCUCUCUGCUGGUAGACCAAGCCCUCUCAACCUCAACACCUGGGCUCUCCAGUAG